AUGGAUCACGUCAUUCAGGCAAAAAAGACCGCUCUCAUCACCGGUGCCGCCUCCGGGGUGGGGUUUGCCGUGGCGAAGCGUUGCCGAGACGAGGGCAUGCACCUGGCUUUGCUAGACAUUGACGAAAAGAAUUUGGCCAAGGCCAAAAACACUUUGGCCGAUAUGGACCCGUGCCUUAUGACCGAGGCCUAUGUUCUCGAUGUGGCUGACGUGCCCCUAUGGGAAGAGACCGCUCGCCAAAUCGCCCAGACCUUCCCAGACAUCGACCUGGUCGUGCUAAAUGCUGGGAAAGGAUUCAAACCAGAUAGACAGGACUCCAAGAAUUUGAAACCAUGGCUUGACGGUAACUACUGGAGGAAGACAAUGGACACCAACGUUUAUGGCCCCUUGAACGGACUAAACGCUCUGCUACCUAUAUUGAUUUCCUCCAAGGCUCGGACUCCCAAGUCAAUCGUCAUAACCGGCUCGAAGCAGGGGAUCACCAACCCGCCGGGUGCGGGCAAUCCAGCAUAUAACGCAUCCAAGGCGGCGAUCAAGAAUUUAACCGAGCACCUUGCGUACGACCUACGUUCCGACCCAUCGACUGCUCAUAUUUCCGUACAUCUUUUGAUUCCCGGGUGGACGUGGACCGGGCUGAUGGGCAAUGUGGGUCCCACCAACGAAGAAGACGUCAAGAAGCCCGCCGGGGCAUGGUACCCGAGCCAGGUCGCCGAAGAAUUACUCAAUGGGUUGAAGACGCGAUCGUUCUAUAUAGUUUGUCCAGAUGGGGAGACCGACCGAGCUCUCGAUCAAGCACGUAUGAAGUGGGCAAGCGAAGAUGUCGUGGAGGGCCGGCCGGCUCUGUCUCGGUGGGAUGAGAACUGGAAGACCCGUGCCGAAGAAAUGAUCCAGAUGGAUGCCGAAUCUCGGCGUGUGUAA